CUCUGUAGAUGGCUUGGCUUAAAAGUCUCGUAACCAAGCCAUUUAAUCUUUAAAAAAAAAGAAAUCUGUUAGAUGAUUUAUCAACAAAAAUCAGCCGGUAAAAAUCAGACACACAGUACUUGUAUAUAUAAAAUCAGAUAACAAUUAGUUUCAACGUUUAUAACAUUAAAUAUAGCUACAAAAUAUUAAUAGCUAUGUAAAAUGGAACUAGAAGAUGGUUUUGAUGACUUGCUCGCCGAAAUAACUGAACCUACUUCGCCGAAGAAAGUUAAGCAAGAUCCUGAUAUCCAACCAGGAACAUCAAAAGAAGGCAACAAAUCAUCAGCCUCUAAAAGUCACUGUGUCUUAGUCAAUCAGAAACAGAGAGGUAAUCCAUUACUGAAGUUUAUAUUGAGUGUACCAUGGGAAUAUGAUGAUGUUAUUCCUGAUUAUGAGAUUGGUAAAACUAUAUGUGUAUUAUUUUUAUCAGUACGGUAUCAUAACUUGAAUCCAGAUUAUAUAAAUAACAGAUUAAAGGAACUUGGAAAGAAAUAUGAACUAAGGGUGCUUUUAGUGCAGGUUGAUCUUAAAGAUCCUCAUGCUGCAUUAAAAAACCUAACAAGAAUUUGUUUGCUAACUGACCUAACUUUGAUGUUGGCCUGGAGCCCUGAAGAAGCAGCCAAAAUAAUUGAGAAUUACAAAAUAUAUGAAAAUAAACCACCAGAUACGAUUAUGGAAAGAGUUGAGAAUGAUCCACAUCAAAAAAUAGUAAAUGCUUUGUCAUCAAUAAAACCAGUUAAUAAAACAGAUGCUAUGACACUGAUAAGUACAUUUGGAACUUUGGAAAAUAUAAUCAAAGCAACAGAGAGGAGAUUAGCAGACUGCCCUGGGUUUGGUGCGACUAAAGCAAAAAAGCUGUAUAAAGCUUUGCAUGAGCCGUUUUUGAAGAGUAGCCAUAAUAAACCAGAUGUAUUUGCGGGAGAUAUCAGUAUAGAAGAUGUUGAAAAUGCUGAAAAUAAUGUAGAUAGCUAAGAAAUAGAAUAGUUUUUUAAUUAUGAAAUAUAUAUUAUUUAUUC